CUUUGUGCCCUUAUCGUGAUCACCUAUCGCGCAUGCUUCAUAAGCCCAAUUUCGCACUACCGUUUUACUUGGCCUUGUGUUUAACGGAGUCAAACCGGGCCCAUUGGAAACUACGCAGCUCGAUUCCCUUCAGGUUCUAUUUUGGAAGCAAACAGACGACAGAUACGGUAGUGUGAUACCGGCCCGAGGCUAGUUGGAGGCUCGCUUUCCUCGGAGGGAAACAGACGCGCAAGAAUGCGUAGGAUAUCCAUUUGGUCCGCUCUCUUACUCACGGUCUGCGUGUCACUGGGUUCGUCUGCAGAAGUGCGGCUGCAGAAGCGGGAAGCGGAUAUCUACGAAAAAUGUCUUCCCCCAUCCCUUGAAGAUGUGAAGUACGAGGCUGCAGCUGAUAAGAUCACUCUCUUUCCGCCGGAGUUCUCCCCUGAGGAAGAGUGUAUGCGCAAAGGAAGAUACUCGUACACGUUCUCGUAUGCAGAGGAAGGCGACGAACCGCGACACCAGUCACUUCCGGGCACUGAAGGGCUCCUCGUCAUCUACGGCCUCACGCCUUCGACGACGUACAAUAUAACGGUAGCCAUUAGCUACCUGUACACCAGCACAAACGAAGCUAAGGAAACACCGGUGUACCUAAUUAAGGCGAAAACCAGAGACCUCGCAGUUCCUCCACCACCGACUACGGAAAUCAAACUGGUGGAUUCGUCCCUACUGAACAAGACCCAGCAAAAGAUUCAAUUUCCAGCCCACAUAUUCAGUGACGUCAACGGGGCUAUCACAAGAGUCGAUAUACUCGUGGCACAGGAUACGGAAAUAGAUAAGUGCGAGCAGCCAGUUACAUGGAAAGAAGCCCAUUCGCACUCCCCCAUCAAGUGUUACAAUGGCGGACGAGACAACCCGAAAAGCUUUGGUUGCCUAGUCAAUGAUGAAACUACGGUAGAAUGCGUGUUGGGGUGGCAAGAUGAAUGCGAUGACGGUAUGUGCAAUGGACCUCUGACACCUGGCGUCAAAUACGGGGUAAAGCUAAGGGGCACUAACAAGGCUGGGCCCACAGAUUCCAAGCCAGCUUUCUUCACAGCUGGAUCCCCAUCUGGCGCUGCUGGCACUGGCAGAACAACCAGUGGGAGCUCCUCGCUGAUCGGUGUAGUCACGUUUUUCGUAGUCUUCGCGGUGACGAAAUAGCCACACCUGUGUUGGUAGGAUUCUACUAAAGGAGACCACUGAGUGCAACCUGGUGCCACGGCAUUCAAGGAUUGGCGCUGAAAGAUGCAACCAAUGGCCGCACAUCAGAACUCCUCUGAUGAUCGCGAGGCAUGCCAUGCACGCGGGGGCUCUUUACCGGGAAUGGUGGCAAAAUUUGAACUGAAAUAUGAAAAUUAUUGUCACACAAAUACCACCUUUUUUAAAUAAAAAUGUUUAGCAUUUGG